CAUUUCGGUUCAACAUUGCAUAUUUUCUCGGUUUAGUUUUAAUUAGCUUGCAUUUUGGUUCUUAUUCUGAUCCGACCAUAAAUUCUCUAUUCUUCACUUGAUCUUUGUGAUUGCUUGCAGGAAGAAAUGGAAGAAUUAGCACAAAGCCAAGCCUUAUUGGCCUCUCAAAAACAGCUAUUGGCUGCUAUGAAGGGUGUACAAGAUCAGAUUUCUCAGCUGGAGAAAAGAAACAAGGCACAAGGCCAACGACCACAGCAAGGAAAAAGAAGAUUUGGAGAUGCACCAGAGGAUGGCUAUGUUGAGCCUAAGCCACCAGAUCCUUCAUGGAUCACCCCACACCAUACUUCUUCAACUCAUAAACACUUAACUCAUUCUUAUCUUGAUUUUAAACCUGUUAAUGAAGUUAAGAUUUAUUCUUUUUCAGGAAGCAGUUGGCCAGAUGACUAUCUCUCAUGGGAAAGAACCAUGGAUGAUUGGUUUUCAUUCCAUGGCGUGCCAAAGAAAGAAAAGCUGAGCCAUGCCAUCAAACAACUCAACGGAAGUGCAUACAAAUGGUGGAAAGGUGUAGAUGGUGCAAGAUGGAAGAGUCAAAGAGAGGCUAUCAAAACGUGGGAAGAUCUUAAAGAGGCCAUGAUCAGGAAGUAUGUAUCCUCACUUCCAACACCAGAGAUUAGAGAAAGGUACCCAAGGAGGUUUUCAAGCCAUGGGUCCAAAGAGGCAAAGAGAGUGGUGCCACAACAAGGCCAUAGAAGCUUGAUCCAUCAAGAACAGAUUCGGCCAAACAAGGGGCACACAGUUCUCUAUGAUCAGUCCCAACCUUAUGAGGUCCCAAAGACCAUGGAGAGAAAGAACUUUGUCAGCCAAGACACGUUGGCCAGACACAAAGAAAAAUCAGACAAACCUAUUUUUCAAGAAAAGGCCAAGGUAAGUCCUAUACUUGAUAAAUUUGUUUAUAAAUCAUCUCCAACUGGUAUGAGUCACUUGUCUUUGUCCAAGGAUGUUAAGACAGGUCCUGAGAUCCAGAAAGACACGAACUCCACAUCCUUGUUGAGAUCCAAAGUUGUCCAUGAUUUAAGUCCAAGAGACAAGGAGAUUUUAAACCCAAAGGAAGAAGCGCCAUCAAGCCAAGGUAAGUCUUCUAAAUCUGAGGAUUUAAAAUAUCAGACAUGUUAUAGAUGUCGUAAGAAAGGACACUAUGCUGUAGUUUGUCCUACUAAGCAAGUAUUGAUAGAAACAUCACUAGAAAAAAAACAGAUUUAUCUAUGAAGAGUGAUAGUUUUAUUCAGUCUGAUUUGUUGGUUCCAAAUUCUUGUGUAAUGCACUUGUCUUUGUCAAAAGGUGUUUUAACAGGAAUUAAAGAGCAUGAAUUCAAAGGAGAGGAGCCACCAGGCACCACACCAGUGAUGAACCAGGAGAAGGUUCAAGACACAAUGCAGUCCAUGUUGCUUAAAGAAGCAAAACCAGUAAAUAAAGUAUCAAACCAAGGUAAGUGUCAAACACCACCUAGAGAAACUGGUAUUGACGUGUGUGUUCUUGAUGUAGAGAGUAAAAAUGAAAGCUAUUUGCUUCCUGAAGUUCUAAGGAAAGAACCAGACCAUAAGCCCAGCCAUGAACCACCUCACAAGUGGAAGUCUAGUGUUGAACAAUGUGUUCAAAUGCCAAGGCUUAAGGUAAUCUUCUCUGAUCUUAAAACGUCCAAGACACUUGAUUAUCCAGAUAUAAUGCACUUGUCUUUGCCAAAAAGUUUUGAUCCAGGAAUAAAAGAAGUUGAAGUUCAUAACCACCAAGGUCAAAAGAUGCAAAGAAGGCAGCAAACAAGAACAAGUUGUCCAAAGAAGAAAAUCAUUCUUCAACUUGUGGAAGCUAUCAAAGUAAGUCUGGAAAUCUCAAAUUAUUUUUAUCAGUGUCCAAACACAGUUAUAAUGCACUUGAUUUUUGUCCAGAAUGUUGAGAAUUUUUCAGGUUGCAAAGGAGAAAGCUUCAAAGAAAUCCCACCGGAUAACCUUUUGUUGCUAGGAGAAUCAAAACCAAAGAUGGUCAGAACUGAGCCUACUAGGAGUAUGAAGGACCAUCCACUGAAGGAGAUAAGAAAUGCCAAAGUCAAAAGCAGAGGCGUGAUCCUAUCCUAUUUGCUGAAAGAAGAGCCACCUGAUGCACAAUCCAUCCCCAAACCGAAACAAUAUCAAGGUAAGACCUUAGAAUCUCAAAAGAGUAUGAAAGAUGACUUGCUCUAUCUUGGUGCAGGUUAUACAGUUUCGAGGUCGAAACCUUUUCAAGGGGGAGGGAAUGUUGCGGCCAGAAAUUCAGCAGCUGAACCAGAGGUCGACCCAACACCCUACUCAACCAGCCAAGGCGCCAACCAGGACAUACGUGCACUAAAAAUGCCAUAUCUUACAAACCAGGAGGGUUUAAAUCACGAGGCUAAUUUUUAUGCAUUCUACACUCAAGAAGGAGUCCAGGCCAAUUGGAAUUGGGUCAAAAUAAUCACGGAGAGAGAAGUUAUGAAUUUUACAAUUCAGAGGUUUCUCAACCCGUCCAUCUGCGAGUACCCGACUUUAGAAGAAGAUUCAAGCUCAAUGAAGGAGCGGCCUGAAGCAAAACCCAUCACAGAAGUCAAGAGGAGUUUAUCAUCUUUUCAUAAAGCCCAAGAUCAGGAGAAAUGGCCACGGAAAUUAGGAGUUAUGAUCAAUUCCCCAGAACCGGCCAAACC